CCUGGUUUCAGAAAAGCCACACGUCUGUACAGAACGUUCUGACUUUCUUCUGUUUAUAGCCAUGGAGAACAGUGAGCAAAACAAAAACUCCUUCUUUACUCGAGAGUAUGCUCCCCAAGGAACCUAUCCUUAUCUCCCCCUGAACGAAGAGAGAAAUCCGGUAAUGGCGGUUAGUCAAUCGCAUACGACUGUGGUGUCCAUACAACCGAAUAAUGUCCCUGUACGAGACCACCUGGUGUGGUCUAUCUUCAACACUGCUUACUUGAACACCUGCUGUCUGGGACUGCUGGCUCUUGUGUUCUCUGUCAAGUCACGAGAUCGGAAAUUGAUUGGAGAUGUGAGCGGUUCCAUCAGUUAUGCUUCCACAGCCCGUUCCCUGAACAUUUCGGCCACUGUCCUCAGUAUUUUAUCGAUCAUUCUUUUUUUUGUGCUAAUAGUAACUGGAGUUAUCCAUUUUUAACGUCUGCUCCACUGAACGUGCCUCUGAAGGGUGAAGUUCAUAUUUACCUUGCAGUUUCUAGUACUAAGAAUAUAAUCCCUAUAUGGGGUGAAUAUGGGUUUAACAACUGAUUGAUUGGUACUGUCACUUCUUUUGGGUGAGCAGUAAUAAGUCGCUUACCUAAAUCCACUCAAUUUCAAUCUAUUUCGGAACAAUCUACCUAUUUCCUACCUCUGCACACACCCAAUCUUUUCCUUCCUGUGCCUGAUUAUAAAAUUAUCAAAGGAAAACGAUGGACUACUGAUAUUACAAUUUGCUUUAACAAUAUUAUAUAUCUCCACUGGGACCUUUUAAAUCCUAACGUGAUUUUGAAUGCUAUAUAUCGCUUUUUUAAUUAGUAUAGCCACAAAUCAUUUUAAGAUGUGUUUGAUUGAAACUGGUGGAAGAUAAAUGUUUCAAAGUUUUAGUGUGGGUUUCAAUUAAAGAUGUUUGCUGCAGACA